AUGGCUAGGAACGAAGUGACACAGGCGAUAACAUGGGGAUUCAUCGGCCUUGGUCAGAUGGGCUACCCUAUGGCCCUGAAGCUUCGCGAAAACAUGCCCAAGUCACAUAAACUCCUCAUAUCAGAUGUGAACGACCAAGUACUGAGUCGCUUCAUUCGAGCCGUCCAGGAUGCAGCAGGACAUGCCGAACGCGGAUCUGUGGACGUACAGAUCGCCGAGAACCCACGAGAAGUUGCGGAAAAAUCCACUGUUAUAAUCACAUGUCUCCCAACGCCACAAAUAGUCAAGGAUGUCUUCGAUGGCAUCUUUAUAGACGGAAUACUACCAAGCCUACAGCACCAGCGGCUAUUCAUUGACUCCUCCACCAUCGAUCCUCCAACCUCACGAGCAAUAGCACAGCUUGUGCGAACAGUGCUGGGUGGUGCAUUCGUGGAUGCACCAAUCUCUGGAGGUGUGGUUGGAGCACGCGCAGGCACUUUGUCGAUCAUGUUUGGAGCAUCGACACAGUUGCCGUCAUUGAUCGAAAGAGUUACAUCGAUACUAUCACUCAUAGGUCAGAAGAUUUGUCACGUAGGUGAGCAGGGCACUGGGGUGGCUGCCAAGCUGGCCAACAAUUAUAUUCUUGCAGUAAACAACAUCGCCACUGCAGAGGCGAUGAGUAUGGGCCGCCAAUGGGGGAUUGACCCCAGAGUGCUCACAGAGAUUAUCAACUCUUCGACUGGUCGUUGUUGGCCAUCGGAGGUGAAUAAUCCCGUGCCGGGGGUGAUUGAGGGAUCCCCUGCUUCAAGAGGAUAUGAGGCUGGAGGCACUGUCGGUGUGAUUCAAAAGGAUUUGAGGUUGGCUAUGGCUGGAGCCGAUGACGCUGGUGUUACAUUGAUGCUGGCGGAUAAAGCCAACGAAGUUUACACCGCAGUGGAGAAGGUCUACAGUGGAAAGGACUUCUCUGUAGUAUACAAAUGGAUGCAGGAUCAGACCUCCGAAAAGCCGGAGGUUAUCUAG